UAACACACGAUUAUGGAUGUUUCAUAUCGGGAGAUUUUAUAAAUCACAUUAAACCCUGCCUCUGUGUAUAACUGCUGCAGUGUGUGGUCUUCUGAAUUAUAUUUAUGGCAGUGAAUCGGAUGCCGACGGUAUUGUCUCUACCUUUGCUUAAUGUUUCGUUCGCGAUUGGCGACCAGGAAGACAGAUUUUGCCACCUACAGGCUAGCUGUUACCUUAACGCGAUGAAAGCACAAAAGAACCGGAAAACGCAACAUAAAUGGUUAUAAUUUGAUCACAGGCGACGUGAUUAGAGAGCCGUUACACCGAGUUCAAAGGUUAACAUCGCCGUAACUCGCCUCGUAGGCUGUUAACACUGCUAGUUAGCUCGCUGUUGAGCCAUCUGGUGAGAUUGUCGCUUGCUAACGUUAGCAGCGUUGCUAACUGUUAGCAGGUCGGUUACUGCCUGGCGAUGGCUGCGACGCACCGAGGAGGUGUUGUGGCUGGAUAUUUUCUCCUACUGCUGCUGGCUGGGUGCAAAGCGAGGAUACACAAGCUCACCCUGAAGAAUGAAACUCGAUUUGCUGUCGACCUCAACAACUUUGGGUUCUAUGCCAAUGGGACUCUGGAUGUCAACCUGCUUUCUCUGCGCAUCCCAGAGAGCCUGGUGAACUACAGCAUUUACCCUGUUGGCUUCAGCCUCUCCAGGUCUCGUGUGAAUGGAGUCUUGUCCUACACAGCGGAGGAGACAGAGACAUGCCCGCUCUCUCUUACAAAGUUGAACAACAAUGAGCCUCUCAUUCUUUUUCUUAUUGAUAUCAGCACGCUGAGCGUCAAUGUGAGAGCUAUGGGUGACCAAGACAACCUCUUGAUCGCAAGGCCAAAGGCGGAAGCACCUAAAGCGAGGAAAUCCAGGGACGCCGUUAAAUCUGCUGGGCAAGUAGGUGGAGGUGAACCGCAACCGGAUGUGGAUGUGGAUAAACCUGCAGAGAAAGAAGUCAAACAGCAAGAUGAUUCUGAGGGUCAGAAGAAAGAAGAUGAGAAGGAAGAAAUCCCUAAGCCUGCAGUAGAAGCUACAAAAGUGGAGGAAAAUGAAUUUGAGCUGGAUAAGGUUAAGGCCCUGACUUUAGCUCUGGACAAAGUUAACGGCUCCUACAACUUCAGCUUCCACAUGGUGGUCGGCCAGCUGGCGGAGGGUCUGUACAGCCUCAAGUUCCACUACUGUCAGAACAGGGCGCCUGGAAUCAAGUUCCCCUACUCCUUUGCUGUGGAAGUGAAAGAGAAGAAUCCAGAUGGCUUUCUGUCUGCAGCAGAAAUUCCUCUGUCUCGCCUUUACAUUGGUAUGGCUGGAGUCUUCUUCACCGCUGCCAUGGUCUGGGUGUACACGCUCAUGAAGCACAGGUAUAGUGUGUUUAAGAUCCACUGGCUGAUGGCAGCUCUGGCCUUCACCAAGUCCAUAUCAUUGGUUUUCCACAGUAUCAACUAUCACUUCAUCAACACGGAGGGGCAUCCUAUUGAAGGCUGGGCUGUCAUGUAUUAUAUCACACACCUGCUCAAGGGGGCUCUGCUGUUCAUCACACUGGCACUGAUUGGCACCGGCUGGGCCUUCGUCAAAUACAUCCUAUCCGACAAAGAAAAGAAGAUCUUCAUGAUCGUCAUCCCUCUGCAGGUCCUGGCCAAUGUUGCCUACAUCAUUAUCGAGUCAACAGAGGAAGGCUCCAGUGAGUAUUAUCUGUGGAAGGAGAUCCUCUUUCUGGUCGACCUCAUCUGCUGCGGAGCCAUCCUUUUCCCUGUUGUCUGGUCCAUCCGUCAUCUACAGGAGGCUUCUAGCACCGACGGCAAAGCUGCCAUGAAUUUGGAGAAGCUCAAGCUCUUCCGGCAUUAUUAUGUGAUGAUUGUGUGUUAUAUCUACUUCACAAGAAUCAUAGCCAUCCUGCUCAAGGUCACUAUGCCGUUCCAGUGGCAGUGGUGCUAUGAGUUUCUGGUGGAGGUGUCUACUCUGAUCUUCUUCGUGUUGACGGGCUACAAGUUCAGACCGGCGUCCAACAACCCCUACCUCCAGCUUCCCCAGGACGAGGAGGACGUAGAGGCAGAUGAAGUAGUGACUGAGUCCGGUGCACUGGAGGGCAUUUCCAAAGUCAAGAAAACAUGCAACGGACGCGAGCGCCAGAAAGAGUCCACCUUGUGAGCGGGAAGCUGCAUCUUUGGGGGGGAGAGGACCCACUAAAACAUCCCCCCGGCCAGCUGGUACAAAGGGGUGCACACGGACCAAGGCUCCCCACCCCCCCAGUGACGGCUUUCCUUUCAAAACUCUAAGAGUGGUUGCAGUGGUUGUGUCCACUGUCUGGCUAUGCAAAAAAAAAAAAGAAAAAAGAGACUAACUUUGUUGGACGAUCUCCAUUUCUUCGGAACACCAAGAAACUCUGAGAGGUUUCAGAAGGAGACGAGCUCCUGCCACAUGAUGGGUGGAGAUAUGGAAAGGAGCUCUGAAGUUCUUUAUUUUUCAUCUCUCUCUCUCUCUCUCUCUCUCUCUCUCUCUCUCUCUCUCUCUCUCUCUCUCUCUCUCUCUCUCUCUCUCUCUCUCUCUCUCUCUCUCUCUCUCUCUCUCUCUCUCUCUCUCUCUCUCUCUCUCUCUCUCUCUCUCUCUCUCUCUCUCUCUCUCUCUCUCUCUCUCUCUCUCUCUCUCUCUCCAAAGAUAAUUAUCAUUUUAGAGAAAGACUUGCUUUCGGGUGCGUUUAUAUCGGCUAUUUAAAACGGUACUUCUGUGAGCCUCUUAGUUGUACCUUUUUUGUGUGUGAUGUGACUACACGUGUGUGUGUGUGAAUUUGAGACAACACAAGAUUUGGACACAACAACACAUUCUUUUCCUUCCCUUUGGAGACAAUGGCCCGUACUCAGGUAAAAGGCUAAUCAGUAUAUAUUUAAAAUUUAGGCAGCAACCUUAACAUGCCGUUGCUUCUUCCCACUAUUCAGGGGUCAGUGAUGUCGCAUUGGUCAUUUUAAAACUUCAUCACCACACAUUACAGUAUGUUACUUUUUCCCCCAUGUAUUUAAUUUGUAUAUUGAAAUGUAUAGAACAGGCUGCAUAUUUCAAUAUAUUUACUUACUGCAUAUUGAAAUGUUUUAUUUCAGUAUUAUUGUUUAUGUUGGGAAGUAAGAGUUCCUCCCAGUCCGUCAUAUGGACCGCUGCUGUAAUUUAGUGCUUUAGUGGUUGAGGUCAACUCACAUGUCCCAGAUGGUGACACGUCGACCUCUUAAAGAAUAAAGAGGUAGUUGGAUCAGUCUCUCGCAUAACCAGAGCAGUGGUUCCACUUGUGUUCGACGAUGGCCUUCUUAUUUUUUUUUUUCCUCUUUCUCUUAUUGGCCACGCUGUGCCAAUCUGGGCAGAGAAGUGACCUAACUGAUCAUUUCUUUGAAUUUGUCUGCUUUUGGUUUUACCUUCUUGCUCUUGAUGUGAAGCUUAUUUUAUUAAUUAUUGAUGACUUAUUGGUGAAAGAUCAGAAAACGUGUGCAGCCAGGCGGGGUUUGAUGGCCAUUUGUAAAUAAUUUACAGAGACUGUUGAUACAAAAGGAAGGCACAUAACAUUUAUAAAAACUGUAUAGAGGCUUUAUAGGCAGUGAUUCAGACACAGGCUCCGGUUCAAUUUGAUAUUUUGAUUCUUUUAAUAGACUGAGGGGAGGAGUAAAUGUCAGGAAUCAAUGAAAAACUACUGAGGUUAACCACAGACACUCCUGUACAGGUAUGACGCAGCUGCACAGUGUUUACAGACUGCUAAUGUGUCUCCAGGCUCUCAUGCCGCGUGCCUGGGAGGACUGGAGUUAACGGUCCGUAAACCGGUCGAGCAGAAAAGGGUUUUUGUUCUCAUGACAGAGGGCCGUUUGAUGUCUGUGUGAACUGUCACAAUAAAGCUGGUGUUCUGGAAAGGU